AUGGCAUCGUCCAUCGCGUCCGCGUCGUGGGCGCUGCCGCUGCAGACGGGCGGGAGCGGGGCUGGGGUGGCGGCGGCGGCGGGCCCAUCCUGCCGCGUGCUGCUCGCCGUCGCGGCGCCCCGCUCGGCUGCGUCGCUGCGCCGGGCCAGGGUGCUCGUGGCGCCCCGGUGCGCGGCGCUCGAGGGGCCCGGCGGCGGCGGCGAGGAGGAGGCCAAGAUCGGGGAGGAGGGAAAGAGCGAGGAGGGGAAGAAGCGGGCGCGCGGCCGGCCGGUGUGGAGGCGGAUACUGUUCGCCUCCAAGAAGACCCGCAGCAUCAUCAUCCUCAACGCCCUCACCGUCAUCUAUGCAAGUGAUAUUCCAGUUCUGAAAGAGGUUGAGGCCCUGACAGAGCCCGCAGUCUUCAACAUGGUGCGGUUCGUUGUUGCGGCGAUACCCUUCGUACCAUUUGCUGUCCGAGCCUUUGGGGACCGCCGUGUACGGAAUGCGGGACUGGAGCUGGGAGUCUGGGUCAGCUUAGCUUACCUUGCUCAAGCAAUUGGAUUGCUCUCAUCUGAUGCUAGCCGAGCAUCCUUCAUCACGGCCUUCACGGUCAUAGUUGUGCCUCUAAUUGAUGGCCUUCUCGGUACUUCAGUCCCCAAGCUCACUUGGUUUGGAGCCAUCGUGUCACUACUAGGAAUUGGCCUGCUCGAAUGUGGCGGCUCUCCUCCCUGUGUUGGUGAUGUUUUGAACUUCUUUAGCGCCGUAUUUUUUGGGAUCCAUAUGCUCAGAACAGAGCAAAUAUCAAGGAGUACAGACAGGAAGAACUUUUUGGCUCUUCUUAGCUUCGAGGUCCUUGUGGUAGCUUUCUCCUCUAUACUCUGGUUUAUGUUCAAAGAUGGCUAUGUUGAUACCAGUGAGUCCAGAUUUGAAUCAUGGACUUUUGGCAUGCUUUGGGAUACAGCAGCUUCAUUUCCUUGGAUACCAGCAUUAUACACUGGAGUCCUUUCUACGGUGUUAUGCAUGUGGGCAGAGAUGGUAGCGAUGGGCGAUGUUUCAGCAACUGAAACAGCAAUCGUUUACGGUUUGGAACCAGUUUGGGGAGCUACUUUUGCUUGGUUCCUCCUCGGUGAAAGAUGGGACAAUGCUGCGUGGAUUGGAGCUGCUCUUGUAUUAUGUGGCAGUUUAACUGUUCAGCUAUUUGGGGCAGCUCCUGAGAAGUCCAAGAAAGUUGAAAAGCGUAACAGAAAUGCUUUGGAAACCCCAGUGAAGCGACAAGACUACUUGUCGUUAUCACUAAUACCAGUUGAUUCCAGGAAGAUAAUAGGAAGACAAUUAGAAAGGAAGGACAAAACAUUGUAGCCCAACAUCGCAAGAAAACCCUGCGAUGACAGGCUCAGAUAUCUAAUCAUUGUCCUCAGGCACCGUUUCUUGGCUCAUCAAUACGAGGAUGCUGCACGAUCAAUGCUCUGUAUGGAGAAUGUUUCUGUGCUUGUGUUAUCUUGGAGCUCGUAUUUGGAUUUCUGUUCUCAGGUUACUGUGCCAGCUAGGUGCUAGAAUGCCUCAUGCAUAUUAGGAAAUGAGGCAUUGCUAGCUGGGAACUCGAGGUCCAUGGUCCACCUAGACACAGCUAUUGGCGUUAAGUGAGAUAACUUGGCAAAUUUUGGGCGGUGUUAACUGUACAGAUUUCAUGUACAUAUAUGUGCACAGCUAGAUGAUUGUAUAAUACUGAACUAAGCAUACCUCUUUAUAGUACUGAAAUGACAAAUAGCACAGAUGGUAUUAUUUGACUCC